AUUGGCGGCGGCCAGUUCCGAGGAGAAGCGGUGCGCGCGCGGGUAGUCGCCGUCGUCAUCGUCACGCCGCUUCGUCCUCCGCUUCUUUGUGUGUGGUACCACGGCGAAACCACCCCUCGUUGCCGCGUCGUUUCCAGCUUGUUUCCGCGUGCUUCCUCUUAGCGAGUUCGCGUUUUCUCUUUCUCUCUCCAUCUUUUUUUCUUUCUUUCCGUCUCUCUCUUUCUCUAUCUCCAUCUCUCUUUUUCCGCCGUUCUCUCUCUCUCUCUCUCUCUCUCUCUCUCUUCCUCUGCCUCUCUCUUCCUGUCUCUCUAUUCCUCUCUCCGUCUCUCUCUUUUUCUAUCUGUCUCUUCCAUAUCUCUUGUUGCUCUUGUGAAUCAUCCUUACGCAUCAAAACACGACGAUAAUACACUCGCUGCUAUUGCAAUCGAGAGCGACCGCGCGGUGCAACCAUCGAUCUCCCUUCCCGCGCCAGAUCCCUCGCGUUCUCCAAAUCACCUCGUGCGCCCUCACAACGCCGGCCGGCUUCGACGGUCCAGAUCCGUCCGUUUGUCUAUCCGUUCGUUCAACGCCAUCUUGAUGCCGACGCGACGAUCAAACGUCGUCAAGAGCUACAGGAGGCGACACCUGUCGACAGUGUGCAUUGCCUCGCACGUGGUAGGUUAGUUGUUACGGUGAGUGCACUGAUUCCUUCCCUCUCUUGGGCACGAUUGGUCGCUACCCUCUAUCAUACGUCCAAUACUACCUGCUGCCAGCCCAAAAAUCUGUUGGAACGAAGACCAGAACAAAUCCGAAACUAUUCUUUUGUCUAAAAACUGUGUGUCGCUACAUUGCCCCGCCUACCCUCAUGCCUUUCUUCUGUCACGUUAUCCCUACGAAAACAAUAAGGACUACUACGCAAAGCCAUGAAAUUUGUCAUUGGUACUGCAGAGGUCCAAGUGUUAAGUGUACGAACGAUUUGAACUCUCAUUUCGCACUGCGAUCUCGACGUGGUUACAAGCUCAGCAGUCUGAAGCGUCUCUGCAACCAACGACACGGAAGAGGACUUCGAAGAGUUCCACAAUCCUCAUUGGAAUUUAGAGGACGAACCAAGAAUCCGCGUUCAACGUCGAUAAAGAUCAUCACAAUUCGCUGUUAUUAACCACUACUUGUCCCGGGAACGCGCUCUAAGUGUGCCUUUCCAUUUUUCAUACAAAGACAUUAUGUUUUGGUACCAAGUGAUGACAAUCGACAGUGGUCGCGCUGGUAUCGACGAAGCGUUUUCAUUGAAGUACUAGCACUGAGGAGAUUUUAGUCGCGAAGACAUCGAGAUCGCUCAAUAUUUUCUGAAGGAUUUUAUUGUUUCUCCUCCGAGUGAAAACAUGACUAGUACAUAGUGCGUAACACAAUCGUGUUGCAUUGCGCGAACGAUAGCGCGACGUCGAAUGCACGUGAACGAAAACUACGGACAAUCGGCGGCUGACAUACGUACCAGUGAUAGUCCAGCGCACGAAGGGAGGAGGGAAGCGGCGUCAAUCAGUAGUCGGUAUCACCUCCACCUAGAGACACGUCGCUGACGGACCCAGAGAGGACCAACGCGCAUCGGGAGCGUCACGGUGAUAAAACGAAGAGAGCGCAAAGGAAGAGGAGGAGAGAAUUCAGUCGACAUCGCCAGUUUGCGGUAAUAUCCUCCGGCAACGUCGACGAGCUGACGACAGCCGGACGAGCGGAAGAAGGAGAGAAGAGGACAGACGGCUCUUAUCACGCACCAGCUAGCUCGCGCGUUCAGAGCAGUACGGGAGAAGGUCAUAGGAACGUUCUUCCCGCCCGCGUUCGUUCUCCCUACGACGUCACACGCUUCGGGUGUGCGUGGCUCGUCGCUCUCGCUCUCGCCUCCCGCUGCAUCGCCACCGCUCUAUCGCUCCCGCCGCGAGAUACUCCCGUGACCGGCCGCUCUAGAGGGAGAAGGUUAGGAUGCCGCAGUGCGCUGUUCAUGAGUGUGGCAACAGUCACCGGCGGACUCGCGGCAAGCCCGUCCACUACCACCGCUUCCCGCAGGAAAAGGUGUUGCGCAUGAAAUGGAUAAAGGCGUGCAACCGCAAGGCGACAUCGACCGGCGAUCUGCCGUUCAACAUCUCCACCGCGCGUAUCUGCUCCCGACACUUUACCAAGGAAAACUAUGAAACCGUUAAUAUUAUAAACGGCGUGAAAAUGUUGGGCACUAGGCUGCUUCGCAAUGUUGUGCCAACACUCAAUCUGCCAACCGAGGAAGAGGGUCUUGAAAAAAUCCCUUCGGAACAAUGUGACAACAAGGAGCUCAUGAAAAUACUCAUGCAAAACGCGGAUGUAGCGGCUGGCGGCGAAAAUAUGCCGGGCAGCAGCAAGACGAAAGGUGUGAAUAGUUCCCGAUCGGAGCGGCGAUUGGAGCGGCGAUUGGAGCGACGACUAAACCGGCAAUCGGAAAAGCAAUCGACAGAGAAGCAACCGACAGAGAAGCAACCAACGGAGAAGCAACCAACGGAGAAGCAACCAACGGAGAAGCGACCAAUGGAGAAGCAACCAAUGGAGAAACAACCGACGGAGAAGCAACUUUCGGAAAAACGUAGUGAAGGAAUGAAACACGACACCACGACGAAAGUAUCCAGGAAAAAGUACGGUUUCGUAAAGGCGCUUGGUCUCGCGCCACGCCUGAACAAGAUGCACGCGAUGGAGGGUGCCAGCGGAAACGGGAAGAAUGUGGACGCGGCGGAGAACGCGCCAAGUACGUCGCCGAAGGUACCCCAAAGCCAACAGAAUGGUGCCGCUCUGCCCGAGGAGACCGCUACGUCGCCAUCGGCAUUGGAUUACGGACGUGUAAAAAUUGAGAAGGACGUACAUGAGAACAUUAGGACCAAUAAGAAGAGCCUUCCGAUUACAAGCACGCCGAUAGCGAGUACCUCGGAGCAGAAGGCCGGUUCGCGUCUUGUCAGAUCAAAGUCAGCCGAAAUCGUCGGCAAGAAGCGAAAGUCCCCGAACGGGCAGCAGGACCCUACGAAUGGUCCUUCUAAACCGAAAAAAACCUGCUGUGCACAGGAAGAACGGGAAAGUUCCAUCAAGUCUCUUGUCGGCGAUGAGACUACGGCUGACGCUUUGGAAAAAAAAGAAAAUGAGUUGUUUAAGCAGAUGCAGGAACUCGAGGAAAUGGCACGGAAAAAAGAGAAGGAAUGGAAUCAGAUCCUGCACCAGCGAAAACUGACGGAGGAAGCGUACGUGAGGCUCCAAAGAAGAAGGCAAAUGAUGAGACUCACGAAUAGCGAGACUACACCGGAGCACGUGCCGUCCACCAGCUUGGAGGCGAGAUGGAUGAACAGCGACGAAGCACCGAGCGAGACCGCGUCGAGAGAAAAGUCUCUCGAAUUCAAAAGUGAUCUUUCCGAAGAAAGCUCCCUAAACGCGUCGCUCCCUAAAAAACAAAACGUUGCGAAUGUUGCCUCGCAGCGGCAGACGACUUCUUCGAAAAACGGCGGGGAGAACAGCCGCAAGCAGAAUGAGAUGUCGAGUCCAGAGUCCCGGCAGAUCGGCGAAGGUCGUCAAGGUGCGAGAGUAGAAGUGACUUCCAUCAUCGCCAAUCAUAGGAAGAUGUUCCCCGAUCCGGCGCCGAAAAGGGGGCGAAGAACGAGGAAUUCGGUGAACGUUAAUCUGACCGCUGGUGGUGCCAUGGUCGAGAUGGGACACAAUGCUGAUUCCAGACCGUCGAGUGCAGACUCCUGCAAGAGUCCGAAUGCGACAGAGUGCCAAAACCCCGUGAACUUUAGGGACAUGGUAUUCCAACUCAACAGGCUGUCUCAACAUCAAGGUGAACCAGCCAGAGCAUCGCAAAAUUAUCCGGAUGUGACACUUCAACCUGUGCCGUCAGGACAUAACACAUCUUCCGUGCCUGAGAACACUAAUACGCCUUCACGCUCGCUUCUCCAUGGAAUACUGACCAACAAUACAUCAUCCAGGCCAAACAACUUUCCGCUUACUUUGGCUAAAUUGCUCACCGCACCUGAAAGAGAAAGGAACUCUCCAGCAGCGACAGCUGCGGCAACACCGAUAGUACCUAUGGCACAGCAAGCGACUGGCGCCCAACACCUUUUACAGGCAUACCAAGGAUCUAGUCUGGGUUCUAUAAGCGAGCUGCUGUCUUCCUCCACGGCUCGCACGGAGAUAACUAUAACUCCCGUUGUCAAUACACCUGCGCAGUCCCACUCCAACAACGUAAUUAAUGUUGAUGAUGUAGAGGAAGAUACUACAAGUGAUGAUAGAAAUGGCAAGUAUUCGAUGAGUGGAAGAGACACUAGGGAGGAUCGCGACAACCCUCCGCGAUGUCAAGGUUGCCAUGACCAACCCGCACAGUUUGUCUGUGCUGGAUGUGCGAAUCAGUGGUACUGCAGUCGUGAAUGUCAGGUGGCCUCGUGGGAUGAACACUCCGAGAUCUGCUCCGGUUAACGGCGACACAAUAUUUAAUGCGCGCACAACCGAAGAAGAAUCUAGUCAAGGCUAUAAUCUACAUUCAGCAACGCAGAGCUGCAGAUAGCCGAAGGUGAUGGCGUAUAUUUUUAAGGCUCUUGACUAUGUACGUAUAAAUACAUACGUACAAAGUACGAGGAGAGUACGGUUUGUUUUACGAUAUAGCGCGAUUGCCAAAUUGCUGGCUCUCCUCGACGAUCAUACGUGAGGGUAGAUUCGAAGCCUCGGGCCUUGCUUAUGAGAACGAGGAAGCCCGAGUGAAAGUGUCGUAUUGCAUUAUCGUAACAAUCCUUAUUAACUUAGUACUGGAUCCUCGUCAAAGCAAAUGGAUGUCGUCCUGCUGGAUCGAAGCAUUUACUCCUCAGACAGCGGAUACGGGCUCAUCUGGACCUAUUACAAAGAAAUACACAAUUGUAUAUUUUAUAAAAUAAGCUGAUAAGUUAACUUUUAUCUAAUUGUAAGUAUAUUAUUGUAUAAUCUUUUCUUUUUUAAAGUAAUGUCAAUAAUAAAUAAUGAUAAGUGAUGGAAAAUAUGUAUUUGUGUUCGUAUAUUCGGUGUUUCGUCUUUUUAUUGUGUGCUCGGAAAAUCAAUCGUAGGAGAGAGAGAUGAAACAAAUUUAAAUUAUAUAUAUUUAUAUAUGCAUAUGUAUAAAAUUGUGCGAAAUUAUUAAGUAAAAAGAACUGGUACUCUAAUACUAAUUUACUUAGUUAUCAUUUUGGGUCGAGGUGAAUCCGAUAUCCGCAUGGCGACAUGACAUUUUUAUGAAAAUUAACGACAAUCUGGAAAGGAGAGAGACGUCCAUUGGGACGACGAUUGAUGUACAUAGUGAAAUUUGGUAUUGUUACUACAGUAAAUUAUUUUAAUACUUAUGAUAAAUUCGAUAUGCUAUGUGCGAAAUAUUAUUUGCCGUCAGUACGCAAUGGAUUAUGUUACCACUUGUGGAGAAAUAUUUCCUAUUUAUAUUUCUGUUGUAUAAUCAAUAGUACUUCAUUAAUAAUACAAUAUAUAACACAUAUAAUGUGAUUUUUCUGUGUGUGUGUAUAUGUAUACAUAUAUGUAUGUGUGUAUGUAUGUAUAUGUAUAGAUAUAUAUAAAUAGGAUAUAUUUUCUCUCUACAUUUAUUCAAUUCGCCUCUAGAUAAGAUUCUUUUCCCUUGAUGGAUUCUAACAUAGAUAUCUAAAUUACACAAACAUUUUUUCUGUUUUAUAAUCAUACAAAUUAUUCUGUUUUCUCUCUCUCUCUCUCUCCCCUCCCCCCUCCUUCCUUUUUCUACCUUUUUCUUUGUCCUUUUCUUUCAAUUCCGACACUCAAAUGAUGUUUUGUGUGUAAAACGCGCAGGCCGCGCAUAUUCGGUACGCAUCUACACGUUAUCCAUCCAAAUGUAGAAUUGCGCAUCCGAUCGCAUACAAUAUUUUAUAUUUACAUUUGUUACCAAUGUAUAAAUUUAGAUUUAAGAAAGUGUUAGGCUUAAUAUAUAGAAAUUAGCUAUUUCUUUUUUAUUUCAUUGGUGACAUGCCGACAAGUUUUUAGUCAUUCUCUUUUACUUUUUUCUUUUUUUUAAUUUGUAUGUUACCUAAGCGUUGAUGGUCUCGAAUAUUAAUCUGUAGCCCAAAGUUCCUACAGGUACAUGCGACAUUAUAUAUUUUUCCCAAUUAUGAAGCAAACCAAAAUAAAGUUUUCAAGUGCA